AUGCCUAAUGGUUGCAGCAUCAGAGCUCUCUGGAUCCUCAACAAUCAAGACUUCGUCGUCUUCUCCAGGAGGUUUCCAGUAGUAGAGAGGCGGUGGCGAGCGGUUUGUAAGAGCGAAAACGAGACUUCUACCGAUCAGAAUCUGAAAAACACUGUAUCGCCGUUUGUUCCUACCGAUUCAGAGCUAGCUGUUGCAUUUCAGGACCGCAAGAGGAGUGAGGUCAAUAGGUUAAUUAAGUUGAUGGUUGACAAGUACAAAGUAUUGCACAUCAUUUUGCUAGAGCUUGUCUUCUGCCUGGUGAUGGAGGGAUCUGCUUGUGGAUUUGGCAUACGUGUAAGUCAAUCAACUGAAGGAUUGGAUUCAUGGGUUGAUGAUCCAAUUAUGCGUCAUAUCAUAAGCCUUUAUAUAAAUAAAGAAGAGGAAGGAGAAAAUCAUCUCUUAUGGCCACUGAUUUUGCAUGCAAAAGGCCAUUAUUUCAUCCUUGUAUUGCCUUUGGUAGAACCCCAUCAUUUAAAAACAUAUGCAAGGAUUUGUAAAAGAUCAGAUUGCGGAAAUGCUGUUGGAGUGGAUGAGAGUUUAUCUUCCGUCCUGAUCGAUCUUCCGUCCAUCACAGGGUAA